AUGUUGACUAGUAUUAAAAAUUCAAGCAUCAUCCUGCCAACAACAGAUUUUUCAAAAAUUUUUGAUAAUUAUUGUAAACUUCAUAAUAUAAAAUUGCCACCUAAUAGGUAUACAGUUAUCGUUGGGGUGAAUAAAAACUUUAACCUUCAUUUGGAUAUUGCAGGAUGUUUUUCAAAAUAUUUUAAAAGAAUAAAUUCACCGGAUACAAUCCAUUAUAUUAAAAAAAAUGAUAUCACUGAUAGAGCUAUUGGAAAAGUAAUUGAAUGGAUUUAUACCGGUAACAUGACAAUUGCUCCAUUUGAUUUUAAACAAAUUAAUUAUUUAUGCAAUUUGUGGGAAAUUGAAAAACUUCAGGCAAUAUUAAAUGCCUUCAAAAAUGUUAAAAGUGAUUUAAAUUAUUCUAUGAGAGAAACAAAUAUCAUUAAAAAUCCUUCUAUACGUCCAGAAAGAAAAAAAAAAAUUUUAUCUAUUUGUAAAGCAGAUGGAACACGAGUAAAAAUGCACUCUCCGCCCCUUCUUCAGUGA